CAUUUAUCCGAGUCGUGACGUCAUCCAAGUUCGUGACAUCACACAUGUAAACAACUCGUCACAAGUCCAUAUAGUCACUGCUUCACUAUACACUCUGAUAGCAAUGGCGUCUGCACCUGUCACAACAGCAAAAUGCACCUAUUGCACAAACCCAUCUAAGUACACCUGUCCACGCUGCAACACACACUACUGCUCCUCCUCCUGCUAUAGGAAUGCAGAUCAUGUACAGUGCUCUGAAAACUUUUACAGGGAGCAGGUAGAGGAAGAGAUGCAGGGAUGUACAGUGUCAGAUGAGUCUAAAAGAAAAAUGAUGGAGAUCCUGCAGCGUGUGAAGUCUGGGGAAUCAGUAAUGGAGGCAGAGGAUGGACCACUGGACUCAGAUGAUGAUGAGAAUGAGGAGGACUUGAGUGUCAGGAUGGCAGGGGUAGACUUGAAUGAUAGUGAAGCUGUAUGGAGGAACAUGACAGAAGAAGAGCGGCAGGAUUUCCAGGAGCUGGUCAAGAAGGGAAACUUUGAGGAGCUGAUCCCUGCCUGGAAUGCAUGGUGGGAUCAGGAGGUGCAGCUAGUACAGGAGGUCAUCUCAGGCUCUCCAACAUCUCCUUCAUACACUGCCAACUGUCCUGGUAUUGUGGAGGUUCCCCCACUUAGUGAAAUCACGAAGGUUACUCCAUCCCCCUGUCUUCCCUACAACAUCCUCAACGUACUGGCAGCUUAUGUGUGGACAGUGCGUCUUUUCAAUGGUGACCACCAGGACAGCAGUCAAGAUGCCACUGAGGCCAUCCUUACCUUGUCUUCUGUCCUGGCCUCUGGUGCAUCCUAUGAGGAGGCUGCAUUGGCUGUUGAAAGCCCCAAGAUGGAAGCACAGAAUCACUUGUGGCUUCAAGAGAGUGAAGAGUUUGCAAACACUGUUAGAAGAGAUGUGUGGAAGAUCCUGCAAGGUCCAACCCCAAGUAACAAGACCUACUAUAUACGAGCAGCUCUCUCUGAGAUACACGUCCUCCUCAACACCUGCAAGACAGCCCUGGCAAAGAAAAAAAGGCCCUCAGGACAAAGGAAGGGGAUGUUUACCUCUUCAUUUCCAGAAGAAAACACUCAAGUGGAACUUAAAAUCGCUACAUUACCCAUGGUCAAGUCAGUUAUUAAGAAGGUGGAGUUCCUCUUGUCUUAUGCAGUGGAGUACUCAGAGCUCCUGGCUGCCAUGUCUCCUCCCUAGGAUGCCAAGUCCGGGAGAAAACUGAAGGAGCUAUGAGAAAAACAUUGUUACACAGUCAUCGUCUUUUAUCCACACUUAGUAAUCAAAGAAAUCUAAGAGUAUUUGAUGAGCAAUCUGAAAACUGACCAAGGUUGUGGUUAUACUUGUGUAUUUUUAAAAUUGCUCAUUAAGAAAUCAAGACCUUUGAGAAUCAUUGAAGGGAUCCCAAGUGGAGAUUUUAACAUCUUUUCCUUACAUUUAUCCCCCAAUGAAUCACAGCAAAGGUAAAACUUCCAAUAAUGUGCCAUAAUUUUGUAAAAGAUAAUAUUUUAUCAUUGUACAGGAAAUCCAACAAGUAUUUUUGACCAUAUCCUGCAGUACAAAACUACCAAGAUGAGGAGUGUGAAUGAAGGGCUUGCUUUAUCUUUGGCAUGGUGCCAUGUCAUUGAUUCCUUAUACUGUAUUGUGGAAGGUUCUUGACAACCUCUACCUUUUAUGUAAUUCACAUUAGUCAAAAACAAGAUUAUACUAAAGGCUAAACUGAUCCUGUGAAGUAUUUUGAAUCUAAAGUGUCUUGACUUGUUUUUUUUGGUUAUUCACUCUUCAUUCUCUUGUAGGUCUUCCUUCUCAAGGGUAACCCACUAACCUGUUCAUGUAGAUGGGCAUGAUAUUCCAGUUAUUUAAUUUCAGUCUGCUGCAUCUUCUCAUUUCAUGAAAAGUUUCCACUUCAACCCACUCUUUCAAGUUAAUUUUGUUAUUUGUACUUGUUAUUUUUCAAUAUUUUUUUAAUGGCCUAACAAAGUAAGAAAGGCAGUUAAACGAUGAGGAGUGUGAUAAAUAAGGAAUUUCAGGUAAAUAAAAAAAAAUUACAUAAAGAAGUCUGGAUUGGUGUUAGUAGUAUGACAGACAAAACACAUGUACAGCACAAUUGCUAAUGAUUAUAUGGAGUGAGAAAUUCUCUCUCUCUCUCUCUCUCUCUCUCUCUCUCUCUCUCUCUCUCUCUCUCUCUCUCUCUCUCUCUCUCUCUCUCUCUCUCUCUCUCUCUCUCUCUCUCUC